CGCACGGAGCCUCUCUGGCCAUAUUCUCGCGCGCUCAGCAUCCGCGCCGGGUGGGAGCCCGGAGGAGCGAGGCGCAGGGCUUUCCUCCUGCUUUGCUGUUCGGGAGCGCCACGCCACGCCGCGCCACGAGGGGGAGGAGGGGGGAGAGGAGGAGCAGACCGAGACCCAGAGGGCGCCCGGGAGGCAGGGCGCGCGCACUCGCCAAGGGACGCGCGGAGGGUGCGAGCGGCGCAGAGCUGCCUCCCGCGGGGCGCCCCCCGGCCGCCCCAUGCUGUGCUCCAUGGCGAACUCCGGCUGCCUCCUGCUGUCCAACUCCGGCAGCAUGCUCCCGCACGCCGUGCCCUGCCCGCCCGCCUUCCUCUACCUCCAACAGGGCAGCCAGGACGCCACGGCUCCGCCUGAAGCGAUGGCCCAGCCCUACCCCCCCGCCCAGUACCCGCCUCCGCCACAGAACGGCAUACCCGCCGAGUACGCCCCGCCCCCGCCGCACCCCACACAGGACUACUCGGGCCAGACCCCGGUCCCCCCGGAGCACGGCCUGACCCUGUACACACCAGCACAGACCCACCCUGAGCAGCCGGGCACCGAGGCCAGCACGCAGCCCAUGGCGGGGGCCCCGACAGUGCCGCAGACAGACGAGGCGGCACAGACGGACAGCCAGCCGCUCCACCCCGCCGACCCCACCGAGAAACAGCUCCCCAAGCGGCUCCACGUCUCCAACAUCCCCUUCCGGUUCAGGGACCCCGACCUGCGGCAAAUGUUCGGGCAAUUCGGAAAAAUUUUAGACGUGGAGAUCAUUUUUAACGAGCGGGGCUCCAAGGGCUUUGGGUUUGUAACUUUUGAAACUAGCUCAGAUGCUGACCGAGCCCGGGAGAAGCUGAAUGGGACGAUCGUAGAGGGACGGAAAAUUGAGGUCAAUAACGCCACAGCCCGAGUCAUGACCAACAAGAAGACGUCCAACCCCUACACCAAUGGCUGGAAGCUCAACCCCGUGGUGGGCGCCGUCUAUGGGCCUGAAUUCUAUGCAGUGACGGGGUUCCCCUACCCCACCACGGGCACGGCCGUGGCCUACAGGGGCGCGCACCUGCGGGGCCGGGGCCGGGCCGUGUACAAUACGUUCCGGGCUGCGCCGCCCCCGCCCCCCAUCCCCGCGUAUGGAGCGGCACUGGAGCAAACGCUUGUUAAAAUGCCAGUCCCAUGGGCAGGGCUGGCACCCUGCCCCCUCCCUCCGCAGCCUCCGGAGCCGGUCACCUCUCCAGCGUUCCCACCACUCUCUUGUCCGUUUGCUUCCAGGGUCGUGUAUCAGGACGGCUUUUAUGGUGCUGAGAUUUAUGGAGGCUAUGCCGCCUACAGAUACGCCCAGCCAGCGGCCGCGGCGGCGGCAGCAGCAGCAGCAGCCUACAGCGACAGUUACGGCCGAGUCUACACAGCUGCCGACCCCUACCACCACCCCAUCGGGCCCACAGCCGCCUACAGCAUCGGGACCAUGUGACAGCGUCCACCGUUUCCUUCUCGGACCGCGAAGGGCAAAAACAAAAAACAAACAAAAAAAUCACAAAACAAAAAACAAAACAAAAAAAGAUGUUAAGAUCCAAGCAGCAACAAAACCAACCAAACGAGACACAUGCACCACGCCCAGGUCCCAGGUGCCGGCGCCACCGCGAAGAGCAGUCGGCGGGCGGAGAGCGGCCGCGCCCUCCAGGAGCGAGAGAGCGAGAGGGAGGGCCCGCGGCUUCCUAUCCAGUCUUCCUGCCCCGCCACUCCCGCACUGUGGGCCCGCGGAGGCCUGGCCUCCCGGGGAAGAGCCGGCAGGACCUGAUCUUUGUUGCCAACUGUGCCAGUGGAGGGGACGGCCGGGCCGCGGGCACAGGGAGGGGCAGCUUUCCAUUCCCCGGCUCUGGCUCCGGCCACGCCCAGUCACCCUGUGUCUUGCUCUGGGCCCCAGCUCUCCCUCACGCCAUGCCACCAACGUCCCUGUCCUGCAAACCUGGGGGAGGCGUUUGCAGGCCACUGGGGCUGUCCCACCAGCAGCCCUGGGGUCCGACCCCCACACCAAGGGCUGACGUGGUUCCAGAACUAGGGGGCGCCCAGGUAGCCCUCCCUCCACAUGACGGGGCUCCCGGGCCAGCCAGCCAGGGCUGACUCCUGCACCUGAGAAUGUGGGGCUGUGGGGGCCUGGAGGCCACGGACGUGCUCCCACUGGCUGUUUCUGGUUUCCUGUCUGGAGGCGGCUCUGCGCCUGAUCUGGGGAGGGAUGGCUGGCCUCAUGGGACCUGCUGAGGGCCGGGCCUGCGAGGGGCCGAGGGACGGGCUGGCGCCAGGCUGCACAGCAAGGCUGGGAGUCACAGUGCUAUGGGGCGAGACGGCCAGGCCAGCGGAGGGAUGGGGGGGGGGGGGAGCAGGAGGAAGACCUUGGGCGGGGGAGGGGGGCGCAGAUGGCAGGUCACAGGAUAAAGCCCCAGGCCAGGCAGAUAGCUGGAGUCGGGGCAACAGCAAAAAAUAGCAAAAAAAAACCCCCACAAAACCCAGGCUCCCCCCUCCCAAAACAGGAAGGGUAGGACCACACCUCACUUUGUAUCCGCACCCGCCCCCAGCGCCGCCUUUUCUACUCCGUGUACAGAGCCCCGAGCUGGCCCUCUGCCGCCGCUGCGCCCGGCCCGCCCCGGCCUCAGCCAGGCCGGCUUCCUUUCUUACCAUUCUGUAUGCUUCCCAGGUGUGACCCUUCAGAUCCACAGUAUUAUUAUUAUUAAGAUUAUUAAUAAAGAUUUCUUUCUUCAAA